AUGGGCCCCCGUACCGACUCCUCAUGCUGCUGCCAGGCCCGUAAUCUGUCAUGGGCCCCUGUACCGCCUCCUCAUGCUGCUGCCAGGCCCGUAAUCUGCCAUGGGCCCCCGUACCGCCUCCUCAUGCUGCUGCCAGGUCCAGAGUGUCUCAUGGGUCCCUGUACGGCCUCCCAUUGCUGCUGUCUCCAUCGCCACACUCUGCCAUGUGCCACUUUCAGGUCUCCUCACACUGCUGGUGGGUUCCAUUUUGUCAUAGGGUGCUGUAUGGCCUCCCAUUGCUGCUGCCUCCACCGCCACACUGUGGCUCCACACUCUGGUUUUGGCCCCGUGACUGCCCAAAUGAGUGAAGUGUGCGGUGAUUCUAAGAUCGACGGCACUCAUCUGCAUGUCAUACUGACUGACAGUAUUAUUUCUCUUCCCCAGCAGACUCCAAGGGCAUUUAAAUUAAAGGUACAGUGUUCUGCACUAAUAUAA